GCGCCGCGCCGCUCCGGCCCGGGCGCCCAACCGACCGGCCAUGCCAAAUAAAAACAAGAAGGAGAAGGAACCUGCAAAAUUGGGCAAAAGUGGAAAAAGUGGUAAAGAUGGACAAGAUAACCAAGAACAUGAGGUGUCAAACAAAAAAACAAACAGCGCUCCUCCCCCAGCACAAUUAUCUAAAAUCAAAGUACCUGCUCCACAGACUGUACUGAAGAAGGAAAAACGGCAGAGUUCUUCAAGGUAUAAUGUUAGCAAUAACAGAGAACUCCAAAAACUGCCAGCUUUAAAAGAUGUUCCUCCUGCUGAGCAAGAAAAGCUUUUUAUUCAGAAGUUGCGACAAUGUUGUGUUCUUUUUGACUUCGUUUCUGAUCCACUGAGUGACCUAAAGUGGAAGGAAGUAAAGCGAGCUGCUUUAAGUGAAAUGGUAGAGUACAUCACACACAAUCGCAAUGUGAUCACAGAGCCCAUUUACCCUGAAGUAGUGCAUAUGUUUGCAGUUAACAUGUUUCGAACAUUACCACCAUCUUCUAAUCCAACGGGGGCAGAAUUUGAUCCAGAGGAAGAUGAACCAACUCUAGAAGCUGCCUGGCCCCACCUACAGCUUGUUUAUGAAUUUUUCUUAAGAUUUUUAGAAUCUCCAGAUUUCCAACCUAAUGUAGCUAAGAAAUAUAUUGAUCAGAAGUUUGUAUUGCAGCUUUUAGAACUUUUUGACAGUGAAGAUCCUCGGGAAAGAGAUUUUCUUAAAACUACUCUUCACAGAAUAUAUGGGAAAUUCUUAGGCCUAAGAGCUUACAUCAGGAAACAAAUUAAUAAUAUAUUUUAUAGGUUUAUUUAUGAAACAGAACAUCAUAAUGGCAUAGCAGAAUUACUGGAAAUAUUGGGAAGUAUAAUUAAUGGAUUUGCCUUACCAUUAAAAGAAGAGCACAAAAUUUUCUUAUUGAAGGUGUUAUUACCUUUGCACAAAGUGAAAUCGCUCAGUGUCUACCACCCACAGUUGGCAUACUGUGUAGUUCAAUUUUUAGAAAAGGACAGCACGCUUACUGAACCAGUGGUGAUGGCACUGCUCAAAUACUGGCCAAAGACUCACAGUCCAAAAGAAGUCAUGUUUUUAAAUGAACUAGAGGAAAUUUUAGAUGUCAUUGAACCAUCUGAAUUUGUAAAGGUUAUGGAGCCUCUUUUCAGACAGCUAGCCAAAUGUGUGUCCAGUCCACACUUCCAGGUGGCAGAACGAGCACUAUACUACUGGAAUAAUGAGUACAUUAUGAGUUUAAUCAGUGACAAUGCAGCAAAGAUUUUGCCCAUCAUGUUUCCAUCAUUGUACCGAAAUUCAAAGACACAUUGGAACAAGACAAUACAUGGCUUGAUAUACAAUGCUCUGAAACUCUUCAUGGAGAUGAACCAAAAACUGUUUGAUGACUGCACACAACAAUUUAAAGCAGAAAAACUGAAAGAGAAGCUAAAAUCGAAGGAAAGAGAAGAAGCAUGGGUUAAAAUAGAAAAUCUAGCCAAAUCAAAUCCCCAGUACCCAACAUAUAGUGACACCAGUGUGCUGAACAGUCCUGUUGCAAUGGAAACAGAUGGGCCUUUAAUUGAAGAUUUACAGAUGCUGAAAAAGACAGUGAAAGAGGAGGCGUGUCAGGCACAGAGAGAUCAGAAAAAGGAUCGUCCUCUUAUGCGACGCAAGUCAGAACUGCCUCAGGAUAUCUACACCAUGAAAGCCUUGGAAUCCCAUUGCAGAGCUGAUGAGCUAAUAUCACACGAUGGGCAUUAGACUAUUACAGUGAAAUAUUAUUUUGGAGGAAAACUUUUUUCUGGACUCGGUUCUACAGUAGAGAACUUACUUUUUUGUGCCAUACCAAUCAGUUACACAAAAGUCAAAGCUU